CUUAAAUAGGCUCUAGAGCACUAAGGGAAACUCUCAGUCGGUGAGAUCCUGGACACAGCAGUGCACUCUGAGUUUCAUCCUCCAGCUGCUGUUCAUACAGUAGUCUAACAAACACCAACCGACUUCCAGCGGUACCAACGCCCGUCGUCCUCUCUCCUGCUCUGGUCCUUUCUUCUCUGCGCCACCAUGGCUCCGACCCUAAGCACAGCCUUUGCGCGCCGCUGGUGGAUGGCCGUGACCGCCAUCAUCGAGAACCUGCUCUUCUCCGCCGUGCUUCUCGGCUGGGGGUCUCUGCUAAUCAUGCUCAAGUCUGAGGGCUUCUACUCCUACAUGUGCAACGAUCCUGGAAACAGCUCGUCCUUGCUGAACCUCACCCUGCCCCCCCUGUCUGGUCCGGUCGGUGGCAAGCCGGAUGGCGAGGAUGAGAUCGACUACUAUGCCGACGAGGACGUGAGCCUGGCCCAGGGUCAGAGCGGCGUGGAGGUGCGUCCACUGCACCCGGAGGAGCCGAUGAUGCGCAUGAACGGCUGGCUGAUCUGCAAGGAGCAGGACGAGACGCUGAACAUGGCCUUCACCAUGGGCUCCUUUCUCCUCAGCGCCAUCACGCUGCCGCUCGGCAUCGUCAUGGACAAGUACGGCCCGCGCAAUCUCAGGCUGCUGGGCAGUGCUUGCUUCUCUUUCUCCUGUCUGUUGAUUGCUUAUGGAGCCUACAAUCCAAACGAGCUCUCGGUGCUCAUCUUCAUUGCCCUGAUCUUCAAUGGGUUUGGAGGAAUGUGUUUGACCUUCACGUCUCUAACACUGCCCAACAUGUUUGGAGACCUGCGGUCCACAUUCAUCGCCCUGAUGAUUGGCUCGUACGCCUCCUCCGCCGUCACCUUCCCAGGUGUUAAGGUGGUCUAUGAUCUGGGAGUGCCAUUCAUCACCAUCCUGGUGGUGUGGGCAGCGUGUGCUGGACUCGUCUUUUUCAACUGCUUCUUCAACUGGCCCCUGGAACCAUUCCCUGGACCCGAGGACAUGGACUACACCGUGAAGAUCAAGUUCAGCUGGCUGGGUUUCGACCACAAGAUCACCGGAAAGCAGUUCUACCAGCAGGUCACCACGGUGGGCCGGCGCCUGAGUGUUGGGAACUCCCUCAAUCAGAAGGAGCUGUCCACCAAGGACGGAAACAAGCUCUGCCUGUCCACCAUGGACCUGGAGGUCCAGUGCAAACAAAAGGAAGAAUCCCAGUCGUUCCUGAAGAGUAUCACAACCCCUCUGUUCAUGCUGUCUCUGGUCACCAUGUGUGUGACUCAGCUCCGUCUCAUCUUCUACAUGGGAGCCAUGAACAACAUCCUGGAGUCCCUCAGCGGUGGAGACCUCAACACAGUGAGUCUAUACUCCUCCAUCUUUGGUGUGAUGCAGCUCUUGUGCCUCAUGACUACUCCGGUCAUUGGUCAGAUCAUGGACUGGAAGCUCAAAGACUGUGAGGAUGCGGACAGCGAUGAGAAGAAGGAACUCAACAAGGACCAGCCCCAGCCAAAGAAGCAGGACAAACAGAUCCAGAAGAUCACGAAUGCCAUGCGAGCCUUCAUCGUCACCAAUCUCCUCCUAGUGGGCUUCGGAAUCACCUGCCUCAUCCCUAACCUGCCUCUACAGAUGCUGUCUUUUGUCCUGCACACCAUCGUAAGAGGAUUCAUACAUUCAGCUACUGGCGGACUCUAUGCUGCUGUGUACCCCUCGUCCCAGUUUGGUAGUCUGACGGGGAUGCAGUCUCUGGUCAGCGCCCUGUUUGCACUGUUCCAGCAGCCACUCUUCAUGGCCAUGAUGGGACCACUGGAGGGAGAUCCCACCUGGGUGGACGUUGGGCUGCUGGGCGUGAGCAUGCUUGGCUUCCUGCUGCCCCUCUACCUCAUCUUCUUCCGCAGACAGCUGGUAAAGGCAAGGAAGGAGAAGGACAACGAGGCCAAGAUCUACCUGAAGAUUAACGGAAACAGCAGUCCAGAAGCCUUUGUGUAGAACACAGCAAAAACGGAAGCGUAGAUAUGAGGAGUUAAAGGAAAAAAAGAGAAAAAGAAGGUGGAGAGGAGAGGAGAGCUAGAAAGAGAGUGAAGUUCUGCCGGUCACUUAUGGACUGUGCCAUGGAUUCCAGUCUCUUUGAGAACUUAAAGAGCUUCACCUUUCCAGUUAUUUAUUUCAGUGCCUUCUUAUCAGAUGAGAAUUUCAACUGAUGUCGUCCAAAUCUCUUGUUAUCACAUAACGUUUCGUCUUUCAACAUCUUAGGUGUAUAUUCUCAAUGUAACACAUUUUAACUAUGAAUUAUCGCAUAGACACUAUGAUAUUUCUGUAUACGGCAUUUUUGAGAUUAAAGAACCUUGACCAACA